GUUAUUAUAAUGGAAUCCAACCAACCAAAUUCUCGCCAUCUCUCUCCAAUUUGGCUUUCAUCUCUCUCAAAAUCUCUCUCUCUUUCUCCAACUCCGAAGAAGCAUGAAUGUGACUUCGCCGGAAUUUAUGAUUUGAUUUCUUCACUCGAUUGGCCCCUUCUCCAUAUAUAUAAUCCAUAGAAACAGAGGCCUUACUUUUGAGAUUCUGAGAGAGGGAGAGGGAGAGGGAGAGAGUAAUGGAGUCGCUAACGACCAACGGCGGAGAAGAUUCAUCAACUCGAAUCGCGGCUCGAUCUUCGAUGAUCGAGUCAUUGAAGGGAUGUGGAUUGACGGGAAUCCACGUUGACAAGGAGGAGUUGCGGAAGAAGCUUCAGAUGCCGCAGUACCUUCGGUUUGCCAUGCGUGAUUCCAUCCGCCUGCAGGACCCGGCUGCCGGAGAGAGCCGAUUGCCGGCUGCUAAUUCUCUCUCCGGCUCAGCCUUUGCGCCGGAGAUUAAUGAGCCUCCGGAGUCGCCGAUGGUGGUUUUCAUUAAUCCGAGGAGUGGUGGUCGUCAUGGCCGCUUGCUCAAGGAGAGGCUCCAGAUGCUAAUUAGCGAAGAACAGGUUUUUGACCUAACAGAUGUGAAGCCUCAUGAAUUUGUCAAGUAUGGAUUGAAAUGCCUCGAGUUAUUGGCUGCUAUUGGUGAUGCUUGUGCUAAAGAGACCCGUGACAAGAUGAGGGUCAUGGUCGCUGGUGGUGAUGGUACUGUUGGUUGGGUUCUUGGUUGUCUUUUAGAACUUGAGAAGCAGGGGCGGUUGCCUGUUCCACCUGUAGGAGUAAUUCCUCUUGGUACUGGCAAUGACUUAUCCAGAACCUUUGGCUGGGGUGGUUCUUUUCCUUUUGCUUGGAAGUCAGCCAUCAAAAGAUCCCUCGACAGGGCAACCACUGGCCGGGUUUGUAAAUUGGAUAGCUGGAAUGUUCUUCUAUCUGCACCAAAUAGCAUAAAUGUGGAAUUACCACAUUGCAUGAGACCUACAGAAGACGGUGCUCUUGAUGAGAGCUUCGAAAUUAAGGAGGCAUCAUCAGAGAAAGCAAGCUGCCACGGAGGAGUAUUUUAUAAUUACUUCAGCAUAGGAAUGGAUGCUCAAGUUGCUUAUGGCUUCCACCAUUUACGUAACGAAAAACCUUACCUUGCACAAGGUCCAAUAGCGAACAAGCUGAUUUAUUCUGGCUACAGUUGUGGUCAAGGCUGGUUCUUCACGCCUUGCUCUAGCGAUCCGGGUUUAAGGGGCCUAAAAAACAUCCUGAGGAUGCACGUCAAAAAGGUCAAUUGUUCGGAUUGGGAGCAGGUUUUAAUCCCUUCGAGUGUAAGAUCUCUGGUUGCUUUGAAUCUCAACAACUAUGGCAGUGGCAGACAUCCAUGGGGAAAUCUGACACCAGAGUACAUGGAAAAGAGAGGGUUUGUUGAGGCACAGGUGGAUGAUGGCCUUCUAGAAGUUUUUGGUCUAAAGCAAGGAUGGCAUGCAUCACUUGUUAUGGGAGAGCUCAUUUCUGCAAAACAUAUAGUUCAGGCUGCAGCAAUUCGAUUUGAACUUCGAGGUGGAGAAUGGAAGAAUGCAUUUCUGCAGAUGGAUGGAGAGCCAUGGAAGCAACCAAUGAGCGACGAGUUCUCGACUUUUGUUGAAAUCAAGAGGGUACCUUCCCAAUCACUAAUGAUCAAUGGAGAAUAACUUGAGCUACACUGUUAAUGCUGCUGAUCAUUUCUCACUGUUAGGUUUAACCAUUAAUGUAAAGCUAUUGGCCGGUCGUCCUUUUGGACUGUAAAUUUAAUAUUCUGCAAGUAAAUUUUUAGGUGUGAGAGUUUGCUAUUUCAGAUUCAUUUGGCGGGAAGAACACAUGAUCCUCGUUAGGGACACUGAAUAAUUCAGUUAGUUGCUAAUCUGCAAAUGAGUUGUGAUGGUGUCCAAGAGCCUCAAAACGUAUUUAUAUUUCUACUGUGUGACAUUAAUUCAUUUGGCAAUUCAUGAAGUUCCCCACCUUCUGAA